AUGUGGAACCAUAGUUUAGGUUCCAUCACGAUCCACGCGUAUCAGGGAAAUAGGCAACCUGGUGCAAGAUGCGUGCGUAGCAUUGAUAUUAUUCCUUUGAAACCUGUUACUGAUCUCAUCGCGACAGAUACGUUGGCUUUGUCUCCAGAGAUCUGUUCCAGAAUUGUUGCCCUUUCUGCACACAGGCGUCGAGACCUCCUGUCACUUUGUGCUACAUGCAAGGCAUUUCAGCGAGACGCCGAGGUCAAGAUUUACACAGAAGUAAUUCUCGCAGAGCCGGCUCAGGCCCUGAUCGCCUGCGAAACCCUCGGUUCCAACGAACGGCUAGCCCAGUAUGUCAAGAGCUUCUGCUUUAACCAAGAAUUCCCUCCUCGCAGGCUUCAAGAUACAAAUCUCGGCAGGCCAUUCUGGGAAUCCGUCCAAAGGGCUUUGAUCGCGAUGUCCAAUCUGGAAGUUCUUCUCAUCUCUGACUCUAGCUACCAGAACAGCUGGAUUCUAGAUUCUCCAAAUAUCAAUUUUCAACUUCAAGAGGUAAAACUACGGUUCACCUGGGAUGAACCCAUCGUUCGGUUUUUAGAAACACAGAACAGUUUGCGCAAUAUACACUUUUACUACUUUGACGACUCCCAGCAUGUGCUUCAACCGCAGAGUCUUCCUGAGCUGCGCGUCUUUGAUGGAAGCCUCAGCAUCGGCAUGCAGGUUAUGCACUGCCAACUUACCCAUAUCCAGCUCGUCGUUGACUGUGACGCUGGGCCGGCUUUAUCUCUGCUUCCCCGCCUAGGUGGACUUCGCAAAACUCUUCGAGGGCUCAGUCUCUUGGAUAUCUCGGAUGAUGCCGCCCUUUCUGCCCUAGAUAUCAUAUCACGGUAUCUUCCCAACUUGAUUCAUGUCGGCUUGUUCGCGUACCCCGCGCUCAGACGAUAUGAAUUCCAUCAAUAUCUCAUGAGAAUGCCUCGUCUAGAGAUCAUCGAAGUGGACGUUGGUCGCUGGCUCGAGCGACCGACGACAUCAGCCGGACAACGUGCGCUUGCAUCUGAACUCCGAACAUAUGUUCCAACCAUCAAGAUGGUCGUGUUUUGGAUAGUCAACAGCAAAUACACAUGGACACAUCACGACAGCAUAAACCAGUGGGAUUACAUGGCUCAAUCACGACAGUACCCACAACUUAGCAACACCUGGUGCCUAGUCUAA